CAUUGCACAUUGAGGAAGCACUUGAUCUGAGCUGAUGAACCCGUAUGAAUAUGAUUUAACUCUCAGACCGCCGAUAAAUAUAAUGCCUGUUUCACUAAUUAUAAUUUAUUAGCAACCCUUUAUAGUCAUUACAGUUGUCUGAACUUUUGAAUAGUUUCUUUUCUCUGAGGUUGCUGAAAAUCGGCUUUGAACGGUUUUGACAUCGACAGUACAGUCGACGGUGAGCAUUCGUCGCAACACAACCUCUGCUUGAUUACGCAAUAUCUUCCAACGUGUAACUGCGUACGAGUCAUCGGUGACAACUACCGGGUGACUCAAACAUUCUGCGCCAGCAGGAACGGGUAGCUGAGCUGGGAGCCAGGACGGGAGUGCAAGUCCCUUUUCGCCAUGGAAUCGCCCGCAGGAGUGGAAGGUAAUGAUGGAAGAUCUGAAAUGGAGACGGAUGAUCAUGAUGCUUACUCUGAACAGGGAUGCUGUAGCCAUGGAGAUGAUGAAGAGGCUGGACUUCUAAACAUUCCUGUGCAAGCGUUUCUUCACAUACUCCAGUACCUCGAUGCCAAAGACAUCUGCAGUCUGAGUUCGACCUGUAGGCAAUGUAAUAGCUUCUGCAGUGACCAGCAUCUCUGGAAGUCUGUCCUCAAUAAGGACAUGGUCAAGUGGUCAGAGGUCAGCCAUGGCACCUAUCCUUCCAACUUGGCCACCACCCGAGAAGACAUCGAUUAUAAGGACAUCUACAUGAAAUGUAAUCCAGAGCUGCAGCGUGAUCCGACCUUUAACCUUGCAUCCAUCCCACGACUUCUUUGGUCAUUCCUUCCCCGUCGCACCCCCAUCAUCGUCAUGUUCGGCCCUGGCCUGGAGACCGACACCUCCAGCAUCGUCCGCAAGUUUAUCACGGGUCACGGCUCCAACAUCAUUAAAGUGAACGGUGUCUUCCCAGCCAUGUAUCCAGGUAGUGUUGGAACAGGAUUUGAAGUGACAGUGAAUGACAAGAGCAGGUUGAGACUGGUGGUCCUUUACUCAGCUACAAGGAAAGAACGUGAAGCCAGGGAUUCUAAUCAGCCCAGAAUGAGUAAGCUCAUCAAGCGCACUUCACCUCCAAACCAAGGAGCUGACUCUGAAGAGGGCGCUGCUCGUGAUGGGAAUGAGGCUGCUGCAAAUCAUGUGACCGCAGAGGAUGAUUAUUUGAACUUUGAACCUAACGAUCAUGUCAAGUCUAUGUGUCAUGUGGUGGGAGGUUUUAUAUUUGUAGUUGAUGCAGCGCAGCAGAUAAACCAAGGUUCUUGCAGCUCAGGAAGACCUGAACUAUUUGCCUUCAUGGAUUCAAGAUGGACGCCAGAUCGUAAACCCCUCCUAGUCCUUUCCAGCGUGGCAAACCCAGACGUUCCCAGAAUACCUUGCGUGAGGAUAGCAGACCAGCUGUCGUUGGAAAAGCUUCAGCGACCUUGGAAGGUUGUGGAUUGUGAUGUGUCCUCUCUCAGCGGACUUUCAGAGGGGGUUGACUGGCUCGUUGGAUCAGCGUCGAAAAAAAUGUAACCGUACAUAUUCAUGCGGUUUCAUACUUGUAUGAUGAAGUUGAUUGUUGACUCUACUUCCGGCAAUCAAAUACUAGUACUCACUCGUCUUAAAGGGAGAUGGCCAUCAGUUUCCAUGUGCAGAAGGUCAUAAUUCGCUGACACCAGACUUGGCGGAAUUACCACUAAUCGAUGUACAAGUCUUGCACACAGCAAAUCUGUAGUCCCAUCAAGAAACACCCUCUAGUCUCUCAGAGAUUCUUCGGGUGAGGAAAAUAUAAUAUAAUGACUUUACAAUAUAAGGGAUAGGUGGAAAAUCCAGAGCAUUUCAUAAGGCAUGUUGGUCAUAAAACUGAAGGCUAAUUCUUGGUGGUUGACAACACCUGUUAUUGGGUAAACACCGGAAUGGUGUAGAAUUCCCAAUGAGAGCCCACUACUACUAUGCGUCUUUCAGAGUCUUAAGCCUUGUUAAAGAGGCCCUUGAGUUUACAUGCUUAUCUGUGUAUUACAAGGUAAAGAAAUAUGUAACACACUGUACUUCAGUAAUUUUUUGAUGUGGAAUUUAAAAACAUUAUUAGGCAAUGCUUAAGUUUUGUGUGAAGGAGGAUUGAAGAUGUAGAAAUAAAGAGUAAGAACUUGGCUGCGUAUACGUGCACGAGAUUCUUGGAAGGAAUGUUAUGCUGCAUCUCAAGAGAAUCAUUUCAGAAGACGGAGGUAGCAUGGUAUGUGGUUCAUUCACUUGACUCCCAAUCCUAGGGUCGAGAGUUCGAAUCCCAGCUCGGCACCAACGUCCUUUGGCAAGACAUUAAUUCACGUUUACCAUUCUCCACCCAGGUGUAAAUGGGUACCUGGCAAUUGCUGGUAUAAUAAUAAUUGCAGGGCCCUAAGGAAGAACAUCAUUGAUGCUUAUGAGGCUUAGUAAAAGACUAAAGCCUUGC